AUGUCGCCCGACUUAUUCACUAGUGACGAUGUUUUGGCUCAGCAAAAUUUCAGCGACAUCCAUCUCGUCGUCUUAGGACUACUUUCUCACGACCUCGAGUCCUUACUGAAGACCGACUGCACCGAGAUAAACCUCCAGGAUGUGAACGGAAGGACUCCGCUUCUUUGGGCUGCCUGGAGAAGCGACAUUGCAAGUGUGCUUCUUUUACUCAAGUAUGGCGCCGAUAUCAACAAACCUGACCACGCGCUUUAUACGCCAUUAGCCAGAGCCGCUCAAGCAGGCGACUUGUCUACUGUGGAGAUCCUUCUGACAGCCAAAGCUGAAUCCCACGUCCGAACAUCAUGGGACCACCAGCCGAUCCACCUAGCCAGCGAAAACAGGCUCAAUGGCAACGGAGUAGUGAAAGCACUACUCGAGUGGGGCGCAGACUCAAAUGCCUACAGCAAGGGCUCCGGUACUCCUUUACACAACGCCGCGAAUCGUGGGUCGAUCCACACGAUGCGUACCCUCAUCGAGCACGGCACUGCAAUCGACGCUAUUGGACGAAACGGAAGCACCGCUGCUAUGGUGGCCUUAUAUUGUUGGAACGAACCCGCGUUCGUUCAUCUAGCAAGCGCCGGUGCUCGUUUAGAUGUUGUCAACGAUAGUGGCCACAAUAUCUUGCAGCUUGCCACCUGGACUGCGAGCGCGAAGGCUUGGGAUCUACUGAUUGACCGCGCGGAGAGUGGCAGUCUUGGCUAUAUUGAUGUGGAUGCGUUACAUGACGGCCACGGUAUCGAGCAGUGUUACCGUAAGUGUCGGAGGUUGUGGUAUCGCGGCCAGAGAGGAGAUGAAAACCUGGAGCGUGCCAAGUUUCUCCUUAUGAUUGAGAUUUGCGGAUUCCAGCGACAACGUCCUGGUCGUUUUUACGAUCUAACUUAG